GUAAACAAGUUAAAAGAAGACAAUACAUAUUGGAAAUUAUUAUGAUAGCGGACAAGGAUUUCAUUUUGACAGUUCGCUUAUAUCCGGAAAUUUACAAUACUUAUAGCAAGAAUGGGGUGUUGGAAGGCGAAAAUAACAAAGAGCUCUGGGCACAACUCGCUCAAGAAACCCAUAUGAAAAGCGGCGCUGCAGCUGAGAGUAAAUGGCGCCAAUUGGUUUCAAAAUAUUUGUCAUUUUUGGUUUACGGCACUUCUUUCGCGUACGAAAAGGAAAUGCAAUUCAUGCAGAUGCCUCUACUUGCUGCAGGAGACACCGAAGACGCGCAAUCUGAAUCCGAUAUAGAUGAAGCAGAACUAAAAAACGUUUUAAAUUCCUACGUGGACUGUGAACCGGCCAUCAAGAGGCAACGUGCCGAGGCGACAGAAGGCAGGGCGGCUUCAUUAAAAAAAUAUACUCGUGGAAAGGAACUUCAUAAUGAUGAAUACAACGUGCAGAAGAACAAGGAGCAUUCGCCAGUUACAAAUGCAACCACUAAGCAGUCUUUUGAACUCCAUGACAAUACAAAAGGCGGCGAGUCGGAGACAUCUGGGAAAACGAAUGAAAUGCUAAACCAAACUCCAAAAGACAAGGAAUCGGAGUUUAUUAAUCCAGAACCUGCAAAUGAAGAUUGUGGCGUACUCUCUGCCACAAUUGUUCCACCGCCUUCAAUAGCUGCUAAUAUUUCUAACGAUAACACAAGAAUGUCUACUAGUUUCACAAAUUUAACCUCACUAGAACUUAUAUUUCUUGGCUAUGCGAAAGUAUUGCAACGAAUGCCAUUAAGACUGCAGCUGCAAACAAAACGUAAAAUCGCAGAUAUUAUGGAUGAAGCCGAGUUGAAAAUGUUUGAAGAUAAAUGAUUUUUUAGAAACAAAUAUUUGCGUAUUGUGAUGAUUAUUUUAAGAAAAUAAAUAAGAAAAACUAGA